AGACUGAUAUCUGCCGUUCUUGACGGACGAGUUGAGCGCGACGACAUCCUUUUUCGCAGAAAUCUCACACUCGCUCAGGAACAGGAGAAAAUCGCUGCUUGGGCAAAAAAGUAUAAUCGCACGGAGCAGGUGAAGAAAUUCAGAGCCGAAAAGGAUGCAAGCUUCAAACAGCUUGAGCAGCGGAUCGCCAAAGUGCUUGAAUCUUUACCAGCCACCUUCCAGGAGUACCUGAAAAUCCUGAAAAGUGCAGACAAAACCAUGGCGGAGAUAAUGAAAGCAGACGAAGCCGUGGCGGAGAUAAAGAAAGAAGUGAAAAAUCUGUACAGCAAGAAUACGAAGGUUACGAAAAUUGUAUUUCCUCGUCCAUUGUGA